GACUUUACUUCCGUGUUGAGCUAGCUUUUGACGUGCACUUUACAUUGUCGAUCAAGCCUGCUUAUGCUGUUUCCGUGGCAAGACCUCUCUAGGCCUAGCCUAUUUUUGCUUUAUGCUUACGAGCUAAAAAUACCUUAAUUAAAGCUUAAGUUUAAUGAAAUUACUUCAUAUGGCUGAAGACAUAUUUGGAGUUUGAAUUGAGGGGUUUUUAAAGGUGUUAAACUAUAAUGAUAAUUGGAUGGGAAGUGGCCACUUACAUCCACUUGCUGAUUUUGGUUGCUAGUAUUGUCAGGUUCUCCACCAUUUGACUUGUAAUCAGAGAGAGAACGAAGUGAUUACCAACACUGGAUUUUACACAACAUACUUCUUGUGAAAGUUGAUCUGAAGAACUCUUCAUCAUGAGCAGAUACAUGGCUCGUAGCAAGAACCCUCUAAAUGAGCGUUAUUUCUUUGGCCGUAUUACAAGGGAACAGGCUGAAGAGCGCUUGAAAGAAGCUAAUUGUGGUAAUGGAUACUUCCUCUUACGAGAGAGUCUGCAAAAAAAUGGCAGCUACGUUCUGUCUUUAUACCAUGGAGAUGGGAUUUACCAUUACGCUAUUGACAGACAAUAUGACAACACAGUUGCGAUUCGUGAUGGAAAAAAGUUCCCUGGCCCAAUUGAGCUUGUUCAACACUACAAAGUAAACGCGGACGGCUUAUUAUGUAAGCUGACAAAACCUGUCACUCUAAAACCGGGCGAACAACCGCGAGCCUUUGAUCAAAUGUCUCACAGCGAUCUAGAUCAGCAAAUUAUAUCAGUUGGCGAGAAAAUGGGAAUAAGUAGCGACAUAAUUGAAACAGCCAUGAGGGGAGACAGAAAGGGCCAAUUUGUCCAGGCAAUCAACAGCGUGUUACACCAAACCCAACCAUGGUUCCAUGGCAAAUUAUCAAGGGAAGAUGCAGAGAAGAGAAUAUUGAGGUCAAGGCCAAAGGAUGGAUCUUAUCUUGUUCGAGAACGUGCCGAAGAAGGCACCUUUGCACUGUCAUUAUUUUUCGGAAGAAUUGUGUACCAUUAUAAAAUAGACAAAAAUCACACAGGUGAAUUAUCAAUCAAAGAUGGACCAAAAUUUCAGAGUUUGAUGCAGAUGAUUGAUCACUACAUAUUGAAGAAAGAUGGCCUGCUUUGCUGUUUAACUUUAGCAUGCUCUGAAAUGAAUACUAAUCGAUUGUCAGUUCCUGAUGUAAGACCUUUGAAUUCGUCAAAUUUUGGAAGUAUCGGUAAUCGUCCAGGAUCAGCGUCAGAUAUUAGCUUACCGCCUAGAGAACCUCCCCCAGUGCCGCCAACAUCAAGACCACAUGUUACGGAGACUGACCAUGGGAGAGGACAUCCUCCACCAGUUCCACCACCAAAUAAUAGAGGUGCAGCCUCUCUGAAUUCAGGUUCUCUUGCUGGGCGUAAUGUGAUUGACAAGCGUUUGUAUGGCAUUCCAAAUGAUCAGGAAAAAAUAUAUGAUCACGUUGCAAAAACCAAAAAGACCAAGACUCUCAACCGCGAAAAUCUGUCUCUGAUGAACCAACUUGGAAAAGGAAAUUUCGGGUCUGUAUUAAAAGGAACGUACCGUGUGGAUGGACGCGAUGUACCGGUAGCGGUCAAAACUCUGAAAGAUGUUCAAGUUGUGCAGAACGGCAGUUCUGAAAUCAUUCGAGAAGCUGAUUUGAUGGCAGAUUUAGACCACCCUCAUAUUGUUCGUAUGAUUGGCGUAUGCAGAGGUGAUGAUAUGAUGCUUGUUCUGGAAUUGGCUGAACUCGGUCCUCUCCACAAAUACCUUAAAAAACAUCAGCAUGUGACUAUCCAUAACAUUCUUGAACUGAUGUUGCAAGUUGCUCAGGGUAUGCAGUACCUAGAGAGUAGGCAGUUUGUCCACCGUGAUCUUGCUGCAAGAAACGUCCUCCUUGUCUCAGAAACAUUCGCCAAAAUUAGUGACUUUGGAAUGUCAAAAGCACUUGUAAAGGACAAUAACUAUUAUGUGGCCGAGCAAGCAGGUCGUUGGCCUUUGAAGUGGUAUGCACCAGAGUGUAUCUACAAGUUUAAGUUCAGUAGUAAGAGUGAUGUUUGGAGUUAUGGAGUUACUUUAUGGGAAGCAAUGUCCUAUGGAAAGAAGCCAUAUGUUAAUAUGAAAGGCCAAGAGAUUCUAGAUAUGAUUGAAAAUCACAAAAGACUGGAUUGUCCUGAGGCCUGUCCUGAAGAUGUCUACAACUUAAUGUUAAGUUGUUGGGAGUAUGAAGCAAAGGAUCGAUGUUCAUUCAGCAAGAUUGCAGAGACAAUGAAAGAUAUUCUACUAAAGUUGAAGACGGGCACGUUGAAAAUGAGAUAACCUGAAAUAGCAUUCAUCACCAUGGUGAUAGGUAAAUCAAGUAUAGAGGGCAGUAUUACCAUCAACACUCUUCGAGGCCUAUGCAGGCAGACAGCCUUCUCAAAAUGUUCAUUUACUGUACUACCAUGUCCAACCUCUUAGUAUGUGGUGGUUAUUUAGUAUGUAAGUUGUAUAUAGGUUCUUCUACAUAUAAGUGUCCACAAUACAAGUAAAUGAUAUGGUCUUACCAUACACGAGAAAAUUAGGAUGUCUAAAGCCAGGCAGGACACAACGCUGUCUACUGACUUUCGGUGGCAGUCUGAACGGAUCCGUUGUGAGCGUGUCGUGGCGUUUCGUCCUCCAUAGAAUGCCUGGCUUACUGGGCAAAGUUUUGUACAUCAAUUAAAAAAAAAAAA